UGCCUGUAAACCGAGCUCAACUCACAAGAUCGCCACUGUUCAUCGUAUACACUAGACGAUGAACGGCGCACGCCCACCCCCAGCCGUCAUCCAGACGCCCGGCUUUGCGCAUUACGGCCUCGCUUGGUCCCCCUUUCAUACUACGCGUCUUGCACUUGCAUCUGCAGCGAACUUUGGGCUUGUAGGGAAUGGGAGGUUGCAUCUACUAGCCCUGGGCCCGGAUGGGGGGAUCCGACUGGAGAAGCAGUUCGACACACAAGAUGGACUGUACGAUGUCGCCUGGUCGGAGGUGCACGAGAAUCAGCUUGUGACGGCCUCAGGAGAUGGGUCGAUCAAGUUGUGGGACAUGAUGCUGAAUGAGCUACCAAUACGAGCGUGGCAAGAGCAUACUCGAGAGGUCUUCUCCGUCGACUGGUCGAACAUCCAGAAGGACCUCUUCGUGUCCUCUUCAUGGGAUGGGAAUGUGAAGCUCUGGUCACCCGAUCGUCCUCACUCCCUUUUCACACUUAACGCACACCACGCCUGCGUAUACCAAGCCCUCUUCUCCCCUCAUCAACCCGACACAAUCGCCACUUGCUCUACAGAUGGCACCCUCAAGAUUUUCGACAUACGCGCACCAGCCUACGUCCCCGCACCACCCGGCACGACCACCCUACCACCUCCAAUGCACGCCGCUGCCCUCACUGUACCCGCCUCUCCUACGGAGAUCUUGUCCCUCGACUGGAACAAGUAUCGACCCUGGAUCAUUGCGACGGCGGGCGUCGACCGCGCGGUGAAGAUAUGGGAUUGCCGGAUGGUGAAGGUGGGCGGAGACGCGGGGCAGGGGCAGAUGGGCGCUCCGUGCGAGACGCAGCUUCUGGGCCAUGAAUACGCUGUGCGCAAGGUGCAGUGGAGUCCGCAUCGGGCAGAGAUGCUGGCGACGGCGAGCUACGAUAUGACCUGUCGAAUAUGGAACACAGCUGCUCCACCCGGGCAGCCGCAACUACUUGACAUCUUGGACCCUCACACUGAAUUUGUAGUUGGCUGCAGCUGGUCGUUGUACGAGCCCGGACUGCUUGCUACUUGCGGCUGGGACAGCAGGUUGCAUAUUUUCCGUGUAUGACUUCACCCUGUAUCAUAGCAUAUUUAUCACCUCUUCGUCCUUGCUGCA